UAUAAGGGCCCGCGCCACGGUGGCAGCGGUGUCACUGAGGAACCGGGGAGCCGUCGGCAGCGUCCCCCCAUCUCGCCGCGUCCCCUCGUCUCGCCGUGUCCUCGUGCCACCGCUCGUGGAAGCAGCCAUGGCUCCCCGCUGGCCCUCCCUGCUGCUCCUCGCCUGCGCCCUGGCGCUGCUGGCCGGGCACCCCGCCGCCGCCGGCCCCGCGCAGCCCACCUACCCCGGGGACGACGCGCCCGUCGAGGACCUCGUCCGCUUCUACAACGACCUCCAGCAGUACCUCAACGUGGUGACGCGACACCGGUACGGCAAACGGUCGGGCGGCCGGGCGCUGUGCGAGGAGCCUUUCGGCGCCGCGGGGUGCUGAGCUCCCAGGGACAACGCUGGGGCCGAGCGGGUGAAGAGGAGCCCAGGGGUGGGGGGGCUGCUGCACCCACAGCACCCGCAGCACCCACAGCACCCACAGCACCCACAGCACCCGUCACUCCUGGCCCCUCCCAACAAUAAACCCCCUUGCAGCCA